UGUGCAACUCUGCUUCAACGUUGCGCGGUACCGUCACUGUCGUCCGUGACCGUGUCUCUAUGAGUUGUCCUUCCAGCGAAGAAAUGCCGAAGAAGAUUAGGGCUCAAAGCAGGAUUCCGUCUCAGUCAGUCUCUCAUCGAUUCUUACCUCUGCUCUGAUGAAUUUCUGAGACCAGCAAACAAUUUGUUUCCCCUCUUCCUCUUGUUUAUUCUAUUUUGGUGCUUGAUUGCUUUCUCCAUGGAUGAGACCUACACGAAUCUUCCUACUAGCCAUUUGCUUGGCUCAGUCCCUGCUGUAAUCAGUGAAGAGAAGAAUUUCGUGGAGCAAGAAAUGCCGGAAGCAAGUAUGCAGACAUUCCCUCCAAAUAAUGGGGGGGACAGAGGGAGAGGUUAUCAAACUCUUGAAAGUCCAAGUGAUUCUCAGCCGCAACCAUCAAAUGACUGGAAGGGAUUUUUUAGUAUUUCAUCUUACACCCAAUAUUUCAAUGUUGAUACAGACAUUGUUUUGAAUAGAUUGAUUAGUUCCUUGUAUCCCAUUGGUGGAGACUUUACUAGCAAGAUUGAUGCAAACCCUGAUCUAUAUGGGCUUGUGUGGAUCACCACUACAUUAGUCUUUUCCCUUGCCUCACUUGGAAACUGUGCGACCUUCCUCAUGCAAAAGCAUAGUGAUAACGGUACUGCAUGGAGCUUUGAUGUCAGCUAUGUGAAUGUGGCAGCUGGGUCUGUUUAUGGUUACGCGAUCGUGGUGCCUAUGGCAUUUUACUUUUUGCUCCAGUACUUGGGGUCAAAUUCUAGCCUCAUAAGAUUUUGGUGCUUGUGGGGAUACUCUCUGUUCAUUUUUAUUCUGGCAUCGUUUUUGUUGCUCAUCCCGGUUGAAAUUCUGCGCUGGUUCAUUAUACUCGUUUGUGGUGCUGCCUCAUCAAGUUUUGUUACUUUGAACCUGAGGUCCUAUAUUGAGGGAAAUGAUCUUUCGGUUCUGGUAGUUGCUGCAUUUGUCUUGCAAAUGGCUUUGGCAAUCUUCAUCAAAAUGUGGUUCUUUCCUUGAGCAAGCUCACUCGGGCUUUUGCUGCCUUCAGACCAUCUAUGUUCGAUGUCUUUGAGUGCUGACCUCUUAACUAAAGAAUGAUUUCCUCUUGGUUGGUGUUGGAAGUUCUGGGUCCCUGUAUUUGUGUGGUGAAUGAAGGCAUCGACAGAAAAGAACGUCGACAGUCAUAAUUUUUAUAAUUGGUAGUGAUGGUUUUGUCGUACCAAGGAUCUCUAACUUGCUCAGUGUACUGUUUGCAGAGUUCUCUGAUGGCCUUUCCUCUUUAUGGAUUUUGUUUGAGGAGAGCGGAAUCUGUUGGUUUUCUUUAAUUUUGAAUUUUCAUCCAUGAUAUUCCACUCAAACACUAGAUGUCAAUGUAAAUAGAUGUUGAAGCAUGUACUUUGUUGUAAUUGAACUGAAUAUAACCUUCAAAACAGGCCUCUUUCUUAAGAUU